AACUUUCUCCUGUUAUUAGUCGACAUAAAAGUGAAGCUCAUAAAUACGUGAGCUCAUCCUGCAUAUUUAUGGAAGUAAAAGUAAAUCCGGGAAAACUGUUGCUCCAGCAACACAUCUGUCAUAUUACUUUCUCCGAAACCUUUCUCCUGCUUUCCAUUCUCCCAAAAUAGGCCAUCCCUGAUUUCAUUUUGAUCUUUAUUUGCUUGUCACUCGCCACUCCAACCCAACCUAAAUUACUGAAGCAAGCAGAUAUUGAUCCAUUUUUAAUUCAUUUUAGUUUUACAUUCAAAUAUGGCCACCAUAUCAAAAUCACGGCUUAGGAUUUGUGUAAUGUCGGUUAUUCUUACUAAUUCAGUAUCCGUGCUUUUUACGACCAUAACCAUCCUUUUUUGGGCGGAGGAAGCACCUGCCGUGUUGAUGCGACCAAGGGCAAACUCAAAUUCUGGAUUGUACGUUUUAAUAUGUUUGUUUGCAACAGGUAUCCUUUUCCUAUUUUGGAAUGCGACAGAAAUUUGGACAGGUGUUCAGUUAUGGAAGAAUGCGAAAUUGGGAAGUGAUGCAGAUCUAACCCUGUCUGCUUCAGAGCAGUGGAGGAUCGUUUUACUCCUGUCUAAUUGUGUCGCCCUGUGGCCACUGAUGAUAUACUCGACCGAUCUCAUAUGCUGCAUGAUCGUGGGAAGUUGCUUUAUUAAGAUUUUUUCUUUAAUUACAACUUCCUUAUAUAUUUUGGAGCUGGAAAGAAGUAUGCCUGCAGUUGAUGAUGAAAUUGCGGAGGUCGGAUUUAAUGAUGUAAGGCCUUGUGAUGCAGCAUAAACUUGGAUGAUCACCUUGUGAAGCUGGAAAAUUGCUAGUAAUUCUGAAAUAAUUCUCCGAAUUUUAAUGUGCAUGUGACAUGUUAUUAAUUUUUAAAUGUGGGAUCAAUGUGAUUUAAAAUUAGAUAAUACACUUUAAAAUUAAAUUACAAAUUGAUGGUUAAUGUAAUAUAUGUUCAACUUUUGAAUAAAAUCCUUUGUGACUGUUUUAAGUAUU